UGUAUACCCCACAAAUAAUUAGUUGAACAAUAAAAAAGAUGAAGAGAGUACCAAUUCUCUGAAAAGACCUGUGAGACUCCACUAAACUGAACGAGAAUAAGAGACGAGAAGACUUACUAGAGUCCUCACAGAUAAUAGAGUAUAGCUCAAGUCAUAAGAAGAACCCUUCGAUUAGGUUUACAGACCCAAAUAUCAUCAAGCAUACAAUAAAUAGUAGGCAUAGAAGGGAUGAAUCAAGGACUAAGCAUCGUCAGUUCUCCAAACUUUCUCGAAGAGAUAUUCUACCAAAACAAGUUCAAAAUUUAGAUAGUGAUUCCGGAUGCUACCUCAAAGUUGAAGAACCAGAGCCUCGUGGUUCUUUAGUUAAACAGUACCUUGGCCAAAAGCCUAUGAAUUUUAUGAAAAAUAAUGAAGACAAGACUAUAAGAAGAAAAGUGUCAAGCUUCACUCCAAUGAGAAGGGACUUUAAAAUGACAUUACCCAAAAUGCCAGUGUUGCAGAAUCCUGAUCUCAGUAAGAAGAUCAAAGCAUAUGAUCAGUAUUUUUGAAGCCAAAAACCCAAACACCUAAAUAAUUUCAGGAAAAACUUGAGUAAAUCUGAUCAAAAACCAGCGGCAAAGAAGCAAGAGUUGGUGGAUCUCUCUAAGAAAGAAUCUCAAAAUUUGCCGAUUCUAAAUUCUCAAAUCUCAACCCAAGAUGAUACUAGCAUGAAUAAUUAUGAGAAAUCUUCAGUGUGGCCCCAGUCCAAACUUAAGAAGGAUUAUUACUCAAAUCCUAUCAAUCUGAUCCAUUCAAAAGUUCAAACGAGUAGAGUGAAUCAGAGUGUCUCUUUACUGAUCGAGAAGGAUCCACUUAACAGAGAUGUAGAAAUAGCCUUCAAGAAGCAGAGCAUUAGGGUGAACCCCCGUGUGAAAGUGAGCCUGUACUCUCCAAGUUCCCAGUUAGGACCCAAGAAGUUCACCUCUUUAAUCCAAAGCUACGGUUCUAAUAAACCAGGAAUUUUUAAAAGAAGGAAGCAAAAUCAUUUAUCCCCUUCCUUACAAAGGGAACAUGAAAAAUACUUAUCUAUUGAGAUGAAGAACAGAAGGGACUUGAACAACUCUGUAGAUCUGUAUAAACCCCAGUUAAAGUCUUCCAGACUCAUUGGACAGAGAGACUGGUCUAUUAGUACUUCCUCCAGGAAAGAGAAUAAUAGAUAUAACAUUAAUUCAAAGAAUUUGAAAGUUUAUGAAAAGUUGAACGAAAAUUCCCAAAAUAACCAAGAAAAAGAGCCGAAAAGUGAUACCAAAAAAGUUUUUAAAGAGAAGAGAUCGCUAAGACUUAAUACUAGAAGACUCUCUGAUGAAACUCUUAGUAAUUUCAAAGAAAGAAAACUUGGCAAGCCAAGAUUCCCAGUCAAACCAGCCAAAGUGAUAAAAGCUCCCAUUGAGCCUGAGAAAAGUUUUAAGCGAGGAGUUGUAUACAGAGGUGAGAGAUUUUAUGAACUUGAUGAAAUCAAGAAGCUUAUCCACUUCAAACACCUUGAUUGACUCCAUGUUGAUAGUGACUCAGAGAUAUAAUAUACCCUUAUUAUUCAUUAGUUUUCAAUAU